AUGAGCAUCGACUGUGACGUCACUCGUGGCUAUACGGACUCCGAAACUGAAAUACUAUACCAAGUCGAUGAAGGAUACAUCGACAUAAGAACCCUCUCUUAUCAUGGGUUGAAUGGUGCUAUACCAAAUGCUUUGGCUAAUCUGAAGGCCCUUAACUAUUUAAUUUUGUCAAAUAACCGACUCAAUGGGCCUAUUCCAGCUUCUUUGUGUGAUGGACAAUCAAAAGGAUUGCUUGAGUUGAGAAGUGACUUGCGGAUGCAUGUUUUGGAAUUCUGUACUAGCAACUUCACCUUCAUUACAAUGAGAAGCAGUGUUAACAGCACUCUUUUUGUUUCUUUUAAUGAAAUAAUAGCACCGCCAAUUCAAGACGCGCUUGCUAUACCCGAAACCCAUCGAUUUACAUAUGAUGAAUUGAAGGCCAUCACCAACAAUUUUGAUCUUGUACUUGGAAAGGGGGGGUUUGGGAAUGUUUACCAUGGUCGAUUGCAUGACGGCACUGAAGCUGCAGUAAAACUUUUGCACUCACAUCGGAUGGUCAAAGGGACAUCAUCUGAGGAGUCCAUGUCUGCAAAUUCUGGCUCCAGAUCACAUGGGCUGAAAGAGUUUCAAGCCGAGGCUCUUCUCUUAUCGAGGGUCCAUCACAGGAACUUAGUGUCUUUGAUCGGGUACUGUAGAGACAGCAAUCAACUUGGACUUGUUUAUGAAUAUGCUGCUCGUGGAAGUCUUAGAGAUCAUCUUUCAGAUAAAACUGGAAAUAGCCAAACAUUGAGUUGGAGAGAACGAAUUCGGAUAGCAGUGGAAGCCGCACAAGGUCUGGAGUAUCUACACAAGGGAUGUGUGCCACCUAUAAUCCAUAGAGAUGUGAAGACUAACAAUAUCCUCUUAACAUAUGACUUUGAGGCAAAGGUAGCAGAUUUUGGGCUGUCAAAGUCUUUCCUGACCGAUGCCCAGACUCACGUAUCUACUGAUGUUGUGGCUGGCACUCCAGGAUACAUAGAUCCCGAGUACUCUGCUACCUUCCAGCUGACUGAAAAAAGUGAUGUAUACAGCUUCGGAGUUGUUCUUCUGGAGCUGGUUACAGGCCAAUCAGCCGUGUUGGAUCAACCGAAAAGGUGUCACUUAGUCCAAUGGGUACGAUGGAGGCUAGCUGAAGCCGACAUCACUAAGGUGGCUGAUCCAAAACUCGGAGGGCAAUACAACAACUGCUCUGUCCUAAAGGUCAUUGAUUUAGCAAUGAGAUGUGUUGAUAUCUCUGCUCAUCAGAGGCCAACCAUGACCGAAGUGGUGAUGCGAUUGAAGGAGAACUUGCAACCAGAGAACAACGAUGGAAGUGACCCAAACGCAUAAGCUAUGCUUGCUUGCCUCUCAGAUUAGAGUUUCCGUUUGUCAAAUUUGUAAAUGUAAAAUUGUGUGAGAACAAAUUGUGUUUGGAUCAUAAUGUUUGAUGAGAGCUGGGUAGGCUCCAAAGUCUCCUAUGAGAAAUCAUUCAUCCAUGUAUGAGUACUGCCUGUGGACUUACUUGCAUGCAAGCAACAGGUGAUUCUUUCUCUUGUAACAGCAAAGCAAAUGGUGUACAAACGCCGAUACUUU